AUGGAGCUGACCUGGCUUGCCGAUACCCCGCAGUCCCGAAGCAGGACGCGAGCCUUGCGGGCUUGUCCAGCCUGUCAGCGACGAAAGAAACGCUGCCGACAUCUACCGCCAAGUUCAGAUAUACUUCUUGGUCAGUUUGGGCCAUCUCGAAGCCAUAGAAUCUUGGCGUCAACCAGAUCUCCGAGCACUCCAGACCGGCAGCGAUCCUUUGGCCAAGCACCUGCUAGGGCGAAGUCCAUAUCGACAGAUCUGGCCUUGUCAUCGUUUUCUAGUACAGAGCGAUUUGUUGGAGACCUUAAUCCAGAGGCCGUUAUUCGAGAAAGGCUGAACGAGUCUUCUGACACUCCUCGACGAGAUCGCGUUGGACUCUGGAUCAGUUCUUCAGAAGCACAAAAUGCCGACGAGAAGCGGGAGAGGUGUCAGGCGACUGUCACUGAUCCCUUCUCUGCUCUGCCAUGCGCGCCUCCGUUCCUCGAUGGGCAGACUAUUGAAUCAAUUUUGCAUCAGCGGUAUAUGUCUGCAGUGCAAACAUGCAGCCCACUUCCAGAUGCGACGCGAGAUCCACUUACGACGAUAUAUUUCUCCAAGAUCAACCGAAUAACACCUUUGGUGGAUCAAAACACGUUUAUUAUGGCUCAAAGAGCUGGCUCAACAUCGACUUUUCUCGAAAGGGCCAUUUGUCUAGUUGCAGCUAAAGAUCAAUCAGCAAGUCCUCAUCUGCGGCUGGUGAAUGACGGGCCGGUUCUCACAUCACGACAAUUCUGCACAACCCUCUACAAAGGACUUGUCGCUGCCAUGGACGCCGAGUUAGAGCCCGAUCGACUAACUCGGGUUCGCGUACUAGCACUGAUGUCUCUGCAUUGCGAGGGAUAUGAGGGGGCUGAGGCAGCAUCCCUGCACUUAUGCCAGGCCAUCCAUCAAGCACAAACGGUGGGUUUGCAUCUUGACCGGCCGGGCCGAACAUCUGAAGACCCACUUUUUAGGUUGUUCUGGUGCCUAUGGACUUUAGACAAGAUGCAUGCAAGUAUUGGCGGUCGCCCAGUUCUUCUCGCAGAUCGUGAUAUUGGGAUCGAGAAACCGAAUAUGCAGGCACAGGGCCCCCAUGGCGCGUUCGGGGUGUGGCUAGCAGUGUCGGACCUGCUGGCAACAGUGAUAUCCUUCUAUCGGCCCUCUGCAGGUGUCACCAAUGGAUGGGAAGAAGGGUUCCCGGCCUUUGAAGAUAUCGUGGGUGUAAAUACUCACGCCGAUCUAGAUUUUUCUACUCUCGGCGUUUUAGAGCUCUACUACCACUGUGUGGCGAUUCUCUCUUGUCGAUAUAAAUUGGCCGAGAGCUUUGAUGGUUCCAAAGUAUCAUCCAUUCGACAAGGGCUUGCGGCUGUACGUAUCUGCUCGAUCGUGGCAUCUGAAUGUGUGAACAAUCUUCCACCUCUCCCAAUUGUACCCUACGCCAUUUCGCUUUCCAUGGGAGUUUCAUAUCGGCAACUUCGCUCCAGUAAACUGAUCACACACUUUGACCGAGCGAGAGGAAGCUUAGAAGCAUGCUGUGCUAUGCUAGAGGACCUGGGCCCCCGCUGGUAUUCCGCGGAGGCAAUGGCUCGUCUCGGCCGUAAAGCGUUACAACACAUCAAUCACGACCAUCCUGCGCAUCGAAGCGUAGCGACUUCAAUUGAACACCCUCAUAUCCCCGCAGACCUGCCCCGCUUGGAAGGUUCUGAUAGUACCGCAAAUUCCCUUGAUGACCUACCUUCGACUCUUCAGGGGCCCUCGCAGAUCAUGUCAACCGUACCAUCCGUGGUCCCUGGUCCCGAGGUUCCAAUGGGUUGUCCAUCUCCAUCGGAGAAUGACGUUGACAGUGCCAUGCACGGGUUUGCUGAUAUCGACACCUUAUUUGGCGACUUCCUAGAUCUGUCGUUGCCGACAAACUUCUGGGACCCUAUCUUUGCAGAGGAGGAACCCCCGAGAGUCAACCUGGAUGAUCUUUCCCUCAAGUCUAUGUUCGUUCGCUUGACUAUGGGCUCAUUUCUAGCCCCAUCUUCGCCGUUCACCUGUCUGGGAGCGAUUCUAUAUAUCUAUACCUCCAGUAGUCCUUUCGCGAACUAG